AUGACAACUGUUGGUCAAUGAAUGGAGUCAAUAACUCUGUCUUUGUCAACGAUAAAUGUUUUCAACUUUUCAAUCAGCCUUUGUCAUGGCCUGAAGCUCAGGAAUUUUGCAGCAACUAUUUGUCUGGUGGAAGUCUUGCUGAACCAGUAACUCCAGAGGAGAAAAAUUUAGCGAUACAGUUGGUUCGGUCAUCAUCUACUGGAGCCUGGCUUGGUGCUAACAACAUCAUUUCUGGGAGUUUUGUAUGGUCAAUAUCCCAACAGAGACUGUCCACUCUAGACAAUUGGUGGUACAUUGGAGAACCCAACAGUUAUGGGUCACUAAAAAGUUGUGUUCAACUCGCCCCGACUACUGGACAGAUUUACGACAGCCAUUGCAUUGAUAAGUUACUGCCCAUGUGUCAAUACGCUAAAGACAGAGAGACACCUAUUAACCCAUGUUAUCCAUUGAAAGGUGCAAUAUAUACCAACGGAACUUGCUUGCAGCUUAUAAAUGUUUCCAAAACCUGGACAGAUGCUCAGACUUCCUGUUCUUCUGUCCACCCCAAAGCCAAGCUUUUUGAAAUGUUCACAGAACAAGAACGAAUAGAAGUAACACAUUAUGUUCAGGAGUUAGGAGUGUCAAUAUGUAAGUAUCUUGGGAUUGAAACAUUAGAAGUAACACAUUAUGUUCAGAAGUUAGGAGUGUCAAUAUGUAAGUAUAUCUUGGGAUUGAAACAUUAGAAGUAACACAUUAUGUUCAGGAUGAAGGAGUGUCAGUAUGUAAGUACCUUGGGAUUAAAACAUUAGAAGUAACACAUUAUGUUCAGGAGUUAGGAGUGUCAAUAUGUAAGUACCUUGGGAUUGAAACAUUAGAAGUAACACAUAAUGUUCAGGAUGAAGGAGUGUCAGUAUGUAAGUAUAUCUUGGGAUUGAAACAUUAGAAGUAACACAUUAUGUUCAGGAGUUAGGAGUGUCAGUAUGUAAGUAUAUCUUGGGAUUGAAACAUUAGAAGUAACACAUUAUGUUCAGGAUGAAGGAGUGUCAGUAUGUAAGUAUAUCUUGGGAUUGAAACAUUAGAAGUAACACAUUAUGUUCAGGAGUUAGGAGUGUCAGUAUGUAAGUAUAUCUUGGGAUUGAAACAUUAGAAGUAACACAUUAUGUUCAGGAGUUAGGAGUGUCAAUAUGUAAGUAUCUUUGGAUAGAAACAUUUUUUUAUCGCAGUACAGCUCAUUGUAUUCACACUUGAACUCAACACUAGAUACUUCUUAGGCCGAAAUGUCGCAAUCAUUCAAUUAUUCGGUUCACUUUCCAUGU